AUGGCACCAACAACAAACAACGUCAAAAUCAUCUUUGGCGGCGCCGUCUUCAGCACGCAAUACGGCUUCACAGUCGACAAAGUCAACGAAGUCCUUUCCUGGCUCGAGAAGGAAGACAUCAAAACUAUCGACUCUUCCGAGGUCUACGGCGACAGCGAAGAGCUCCUCGGCGCCGCAAAUGCGGCGGCAAAGGGGUUCGCAAUCGAUACCAAGAUUGGAGGGGGGUUGGCGCACGUUGCAUCGAGUGGGGAGAGAGUCGUGGAGGCUGCGGAGGAGAGUUUGAGGAAACUUAAUACCGACUCUGUUGAUGUAUACUUCAUUCACACUCCCGACAAACGCGUCCCUCUCAUAGACACCCUGCGCGGCAUAAACCAAGUCCACAAACAAGGCAAAUUCAAGCGUUUCGGCUUAUCCAACUUUGCCCCCGCAGAAGUCGAAGAAGUGUGUCAAAUCGCCCUGGAGAAUGACUUUGUGUUGCCCUCCGUGUAUGAAGGCAAUUACAACGCCGUCGGACGCCGGGUCGAGACUGAAUUGUUCCCUAUAUUACGCAAGUACAAGAUUGCCUUUUAUGCGUACAGCCCUAUUGCGGGUGGGUUCUUGACAAAGACCCCCGAGGACGUCGCGAAUGCGAAGGGCAGGUUUGAUUCGAAGAUCAUUUUUGCCAAGAUGAUGAAUACGAUUUACAACAAGCCAUCUAUGUUGCAGUUCCUGACUGAGUUCGGGAAGUUGGCUGCUCAGGAAGGCAUCACGCAGGCGGAGUUGGCGUAUAGAUGGAUUGUGUAUCAUUCGCAUCUAGAUGGUGAGAUGGGGGAUGGGAUUAUCGUUGGUUCAAGGUUUGGGGAUCACUUGACUGCGACGAUUGAAGGGCUCAAAAAGGGGCCGCUGAGUGGUGCGGUUGCUAAGAGGAUGGAUGAGUUGUGGAAGGGGGUUGAGAAAGAUUCGAUUUUGGAUAACUGGAAUGAUUUUAUAUCGAAGAACGGCGGUCUAUAG